AUGCGGGAUAGUUGGCCUGCCUACGUUGAGACAAAGGAGCUCCGACGUAUGGGUCCUGCCGAUCUCCGCUGCCUGCCACAGCGUCUCCUCCGGAUGCCCCUAAUGCACAUUGCAUCCCGGCACUCCGAGGCACGGCGACACCAUGAUGCCAACAGUCAAUCAACUGAAUCGGCUCUCCUCGCCUGUUCGUGCUGCUGUUCAACCCUCUGGCCAGACAAGUCUGACGCGGAACGGAAGGCUGGCUGGCAGCUGCCACACAAGUUGCAUGCUGAUUUCUUUCAGUCCUGUGUCGAAAACUUUAUUCUCGAAUCUAUUCACUAG